AUGACUUCUGUUCCUUCUCCUCCUGAGCUGAAGAUUAAUGAUCUUGCUGAGGUACUUCAGUUACUUAGGAGACAUGGUUAUUCUGGAGUCAAAUGUUUUGAUCUUGGUCUUUAUCUUGGUCUAUCUCCUACUACACUGGAUGUCAUCAUGCUAAAUCAUAAAGGAGAUAUUGAGAGCUGCCUUCGUGAGUGUCUUGCUAAGUGGCUAGAGAAAGCUGAUGAUGUACAGGAGAAAGGUGGUCCUACUAUCUAUUCAUUGGUAUCAGCAUUGAGGAAAAUAGGAAAGAAUGGGGUAGCUGAUAAAAUAGAUAUGAAUAAGCAUCCUGCUUGCAAAAUUCUAGCCUGUUAUACUUCAAAGCGAUCUCUUGUGUCUGCACUAGCUCGGUUGGUUAUGCUUUUGUAUGAAGCAGAAUUAAUAAAAGAGAUGAUCCUCCCAGCCAAAAAUCAAGGAAGAGCACUUCUACUUGAAGUAAAAGAAGCUGUUUGUGUUGAUUAUCGAAAACUGAAAGUAUUUGCUGAUAUUUUGUGCAAAAUCACAACCACUGCUAAGAUAGGAAAUGCUAUUGUGAAACAAUAUGACAACAACAAUGACUUAAAGGAAGUAGAUGCUGAUGAUAAAAGGCUGAAGAUAUACCUUCCUAAAAAGGUUACCUCAGAAUUUGACUUGAUGCGAAUGAAGUUAAAAGAUACAUUUUUCAAAGUUGGAUCAAUCAUGAAGAACAACCCUCAGUCUCCAUCCCUUGUUUAUCUCAAAUAUGUACUGGAUUCAUAUGAAGCAUUAAAGCCUCAAUUACCUCAGUGUCGAGAUGUCCAUGACAUUUUACACCUAGUUUGUGAUAUUUGCCCACUUGAUGAUAUUCGUGUGCUGGAGUUUUUUGUUAAUAAGUUUAAGAUAGAGGAGGCUAAGCCAAUUAUUGAGGAAUAUAAAAAAGCUGUUGAGGAGUUUAAGAAAACAGAACUCACAAAUUGUCUGGAAGAGAAGUUUUCAAAGGCCUCACCACUCAAAUGUGAAAGGAUCACGAUUGUCGUUGAUAAAAAAGCAAAUGAUUUAAUACUCAAUGACAUCGAGAGCUUAUCAUCAGCUGUAUUUGAUAAAUUAGCACAGCAUGUCAGAUUGAAUGUCAUUAGAGAGGACAAUUCUUUCACUAUCACUUGUUCCUUCCCUUUGGUUCUAUCUCAGCAGCUAAUUACAGUUGUUCAGAGUAAUAUUCCUAUAUUGAGAGCAAAAAGAGUGAAGAGACUAACCAUUGGAUACUGCACUGUGUAUGAGGUACAAAAAAUUGAUGACACUUCUGCUCCUGCUACAAUUGAAUCAGAUGAACAACAGUUUACCUUAUCAUUAACUGAUAGUGGUUUACUCAAGCAACUGAUGAUAUCAUUGAGUGUGCAAAUGAUUAACAGGGAAGAUGAGGUGAUUAAUGAGGACAGUAUAACAUUUAUGAAAGAAGCAGAGUCAUUGAAGGAAGCACUGGAUACUAAGAUAAAGAUGAUGAAUGAGAGUGUAGCUGAGAGUGGUGAGCUUAAAGAGGAGUUUGAGAAAUUGAAGGAAUUGAAAGGAAUAUUUGAAAACCAGCUUGAAUUAUUUAAAUUGGAAUUAAAAAAUCAAGCACAAGCUGAUGACAUACAACGUUUCUUUGCUACUUUAAAUCAAAAUCUGCCACGCAUUGCAAUGGCUUUUGAUUCGUCGGUUACUGAAACUGAAGGGCUCGUUACUGAAGCAACAGGUGGGCUAAAGGAAAUACGUGAACACAAGAAAGUGAGAGAGGUACAUAAAGUAAAGGAAUCAUAUGAAUCUUUGAAAAAUGCCAUGGAAGCAGUUCACGCGUACCUUGAUAAAGUUAAUGGACUGUAUCAAACACUCAAGGAUCAGCCUCAAGAAGUAGUAAAAGACAUUGAGAGUAGGGAUAUGGAGAGUACUGAGCAGCUGACUGAUAAAAUCAACAAAAUAUUACAAGAUAGCACAGUUCAAUAUGCUGUACUUCUUGAAUGUUUUAAGGAAUUUGCCACAAAUUGCAAUGACGCUCAACAUGAGUUGACGAGACUCAAAGAAGAAGCAGAAUUGAGCCAAAGAAGAGCAGCAUAUGCUGCAGGUGGAACAGCUGUUGGGGGAGUAGCAGCAUCAGUACUAGUUGGAAUAUUCACUGCUGGAAUUGGAGCUGCUGUUGGUAUACCUCUUGCCUUAAGCUUAGGAGGAACAGCAGCUGCUACAACACUUCUCCUAGUCCUUGCAAUUGCCUUUGGUAACACUGCUGAGAGGUUUGGCAAAAUGAAUGAAAGAAUUGAGAGGCUGAAGCAAUUUAAAGAGAUACAGAAUAUGAUAGAUGAGCUCAAUGGGCUAACAACAGAGAACAUAGCAAAAGUAAGGAGAAUGACACUAUCUCAACGUAUAGAUUUUGCCAUGAAGAUGAAGUCUACACUGGAACAAAGUAUGGAAUUAUUCAACAAGACAUCUUUUGGACUAAAAACUGCUGAACAAAUUAAGAUAGAUUUUACUAAUAAAGUUGAGGAAGCAUUUAGUGCCAACUAGAGAUUUAGUUGUAAUUGAGUGAAAAUAAAACAUUAUUACUAUUAAUACUUAGUGAUUUUAUUUUUUAGUUUUGUUAUAAUUAGAAUUAUAAAAAUUGCGUUUAAAUAUUA